AUGGAGGCUGCACCGGCGAAGGCGAAGCCGCAGGGCCGACUCCUGGUGUCCACCCAGCUGGACGCUAAGGACGAGCUAGAAGAGAGAUUGGAGCGGUGCGUUGGGAUCGUCCAGUCAUUGACCAAUGGGCUGUCAGAGAGAGAGGCAAACGACGCGCUCACUGCCAACGUGUGUAAAGGUCCGACGCAGCAUGAGGAGGUGUGUCUGGGUCUGUUCUCUCUGGUCCUCACAGAGCCGGGCCAGGCCCAGAGGUGUUACAGAGACCUGACGCUGCUCAACAGAGAUGGGAUGAACGUGGUUCUGGUGAAAAUCAACCAGAUUCUGAUGGAGAAGUUCCUCAAGCUGCAGGACGUCCCCAGAACACAGCUGGUGUGGCUGGUCAGAGAGCUGGUGAAGAGCGGCGUGAUCGGAGCCGAUGGAGUCGUCAUGACGCUGCUCAAACAGAUCGCAGGUGGAGACAUUUCCACCAAAAACCUGUGGUUGGCUGAGAGCGUCCUGGACAUCCUGCUGGACCAAAAGGAGUGGGUGUUGAAGAGCGGGAUGCUGAUAGCGAUGUCCGUCUACACCUACCUGCGCCUCAUCGUCGACCACGGAGCGCCCAACCUUCUGAUUCUUCGCCAGAAAGAAGUCGACUACUGCAUCAGCAUGCUGCGGGAGAAGUUCGUGGAGUGCCAGAUCAUCGGCAGAGAUCUGGUCCGGCUGCUGCAGAACGUGGCUCGCAUCCCAGAGAUGGAGCUGGUCUGGAAAGACCUGCUGCACAGCCCGCAAGUCCUCAACCCUCAGUUCACCGGUGUUCUCCAGCUGCUGACCGCUCGCACCUCCAGGAAGUUCCUGGCCUGUCGUCUCACACCGGACAUGGAGACCAAGCUGCUGUUCAUGACCUCCAGGGUGCGUUUCGGGCAGCAGAAGCGUUACCAGGACUGGUUCCAGAGACAGUACCUGUCCACAGCCGAGAGCCAAUCCCUGCGCUGCGAUCUGAUUCGCUACAUCUGCGGAGUGGUGCAUCCGUCCAAUGAGGUGCUGAGCUCUGACAUCCUGCCACGCUGGGCCAUCAUUGGCUGGCUGCUCACCACUUGCACGUCGAACGUCGCUGCCUCCAACGCCAAGCUGGCUCUCUUCUAUGAUUGGCUGUUCUUCAACCCUGAGAAAGACAGCAUCAUGAACAUAGAACCGGCCAUCCUCGUGAUGCAUCACUCCAUGAAACCUCAUCCUGCUAUCACUGCUACACUGCUGGACUUCAUGUGCAGGAUCAUCCCUCACUUCUUCCCUCCGCUGGAGUCUCAGGUCCGUCAGGGAGUCUUCAACUCCCUCACCUUCAUCAUGGAGAAGAGAGUGCUGGCUCACCUCGCUCCGCUGUUUGAUAAUCCGAAGUUGGACCGAGAGCUUCGAUCGAUGCUCAGAGAGAGAUUCCCCGAGUUCUGCAGCUCCCCCUCCCCCCCAACUGAAGUCAAAAUGGAGGAGUCCGUUUCUAUGGAGAUGGACAACCACGUGUCGGACAAGGAGGAGGGUUGCUAUGACAACACGGAGGCCGCCUUCAGCGACGACGAAGAGGAGGUCAACAACAAAGGAAAGAAGAGGGAGUUCCGGUUCCAUCCAAUCAAAGAGGCCGUGGUGGAGGAGCCCGCUGACAUCACACCCUGGCUCGACCAAUUGGACGACACCAUGAAGGAGAAAGUCCAGCAGCUGCAGAAAACAAGUGACACAGAGACUCAGUGUGAAGUGAUGCAGGAGGUGGUAGAUCUGAUCAUGGAGGAGGACUUUGACCCAGAGCAGAUGUCAGCUCUGGCUUCCUGUCUGGCUGAACUGUUUAAAGAUCACUUCAGAGGAGACGUACUGCCCGACGACAUCACCGAGGAGUCCCUGGAGGAGUCUGUGUCUAAGCCUGUCUGCCUGAUCUUCAGGAACCUGGUCACCAUGCAGGAGGAUAACAGCGGUUUCUCCGUCCUGCUCGACAUGCUGGCCGAGUUCUACCAGAAACAGCCCAAGAUAGGCUACCACCUGCUGUACUACCUGAAGGCUAGUAAAGCAGCCAAUGGGAAGAUGAUGCUGUACGAGUCGUUUGCUCAGGCGACGGCUCUUGGGGAUCUGCACACGUGUCUGAUGAUGGACAUGAAGGCCUGUCAGGAGGACGACGUCAGGCUGCUCUGUUACCUCACCCCCUCCAUCUACUCUGAGUUUCCAGAUGAGACGUUGAGAAGUGGCGAGCUGCUCAACAUGAUCGUCGCCGUCAUCGACUCCACACAGUUACAGGAGCUGAUGUGUCACGUUAUGAUGGGAAACCUGGUGAUGUUCAGGAAAGACUCAGUCCUCAACAUCCUCAUCCAGUCUCUGGACUGGGAGACCUUUGAGCAGUACAGCACCUGGCAGCUGUUUCUGGCUCACAGCGUUCCCCUGGAGACCAUCAUCCCCAUCCUGCAGCACCUCAAGUACAAAGAACAUCCGGAGGCGUUGUCCUGUCUGCUGCUGCAGCUCCGCAGAGAGAAGCCCAGUGAGGAGAUGGUGAAGAUGGUGCUGAGUCGUCCCUGUCACCAUGACGACCAGUUCACCACCAGCAUCCUGAGACACUGGGCGUCGAAACACGACGACACGCUGGGAGAGCACAUCAAGGCCCAGCUGAUCAAGAACAACAACCAGCCCCGCAAGAGACAGAGUCUACGCAGCUCCAGCAGUAAACUGGCUCAGCUGACUCUGGAACAGAUUUUGGAACAUCUGGACAACCUGAGGCUGAGCCUGAGCAACACCAAGAACAACUUCUUCACUCAGACUCCGAUCCUUCAGGCUCUGCAGCACGUUCAGGCCAGCUGUGAUGAGGCACACAAGAUGAGGUUCAGUGACCUGUUCGCCCUGGCCGAGGAGUACGAGGACUCUCAGGCCAAGCCGCCAAAGUCUCGCCGGAAGGCGCCGGUGUCCUCGCCACGCUCCCGGAAAGGAGCCGCGCCACCCACCAACGAGGAGGAGAGCGCCUCCAGCAGCGCCUCGGAGGAGGAAGACUCGAAGCCCAAAGCUCCGAAGAGGAAGAGGAAAGGCUCGUCCGCCGUCGGCUCUGACAGCGACUGAUCUGACCACGGAGACCGUCAGCCAAUCAGCCGCUCCGACCCCGCUCCGGCUCCGGAAGAGGCCCCGCCCCCUCCCAAUGACACGCACUGACCGCCGUGGGAGGGGCGGGGCUCUGAGACGCCGCGGACUGUUUUUUUAAAAUCCGUGCAGCGAACUGACUUUCACGGGACGAGACUCACGCUGUUUCCAUGGAGACGGGGCAAAAAAGGUCGCCAUGUGGCUCCCAUGUGGCUGUUUUUUCCCACAAUGCACUUUGAGGAGGAAACCACGAACUUUUGGGAACCGACAGACUGAUUUUAAUACGUGAUGAUGAUGAUGAUGAUGAUGAUGAUGAUGAUGAUGGGGGGGGGGGCGGCGCGCAUUCCUUUUAGCUCGGAAGUGGGAAUGACAUCACACCGACUACGGCUGCGUAUCGCCAUGGAUACCAUUACAUUUGGGAUUCAAUGUCAAUAUUUCAGCUGCAAAACCAGUUAGAGAGGCAGGCAGAGAGAGACGAACAGGCAGGCAGAGAGACAGAGACAGACAGACAGGCAGGCAGACAGACAGACAGGCAGGCAGAGAGACAGAG